AUGUUUGUUGGAGGUGUUCAGCAGGAGGAGGAGUCCGGCGGUGACGUAGGGGCAUCGACAGGGGCCAGCGGUGACGCUGCCGCCCCGAACAGCAGCCAGGGGUCCGCCGCGACGGGCACAGUGGGUGUAGGCGGCUACGGCAGAGGAUAUGGCUCCCAAGGUGAGGCAGCCGCAACCGGCGGUGGCGUUGGUGGUGUUUUCGUCAGCGGUGAUGUCGCUGGUGAGGGUCUUUUCACGGGAGGCGGCGGAAUUUCGAAACUCGCCGCGUCUCACGUAAACCCACCACAGCUAAAGAAAGGGGCCGAGCAGUACCCGGGGUGGAGGCAGGAUAUGAUCGUGCAGGCAGGCAUUCUCGACAUAGGCGAUGUGUUCUCCGGCGGCGGGGUGCUGCCGGACAUCAACAAGCCACAGACCGCCCUUCUCGAGCAGGGGUUUUCGUAUGCAGCAAUCCGCAAGACGUAUCUGGCGUGGAAUUUCCUCUCUGCCGCGUUGACUACUGAGACGGACAAAGCCAUCCUCCGUCGUUGCACGAACCCAAGGGAAGCCCUGCGGCAACUAGAUGCGGCAUACUUGCCGGAGACACAGGGUGCACAGCAGCAGCUUUUCAGAGAGUUCCAGCAGUACCAGACUCCUCGGAAGGAGAACCCCGUCGCCAGUUUGAACAAGCUCAUGGGUAUGGCCAACAUGAUGCGGCAAGGGGGCGGAGCCACGGUAAACGACCAGUUCGUGUUCGCCCGCUUAUCGAUUCGCUGCCCAACCCCGAAUACGAAGUCACCGAGCAAACAUUGUCGGUGGUCCAACCGCUGACGAGGGAUAUCCUUGUACAACAGCUCUCAACCCGAUUUAACCUUCUCACCGAGGAAUGGAGGAAGGAAGGAGAAAAAGGAUCCGGGGGGGAGCAGGCGUACAUUGCGGGUGACGGCACCGGGAAGGGGCGGCAGGCUGGCGGCGGCCGCGGCAGUAAGAGCAACGGCCGUGGCAGCAAGAAGAAGGCGGGGACGGACGACCGGGUCGACCACCGGAGGUGUUUCCGGUGCAACCACCGCGGGCAUAGGANCGAGCAACGGCCGUGGCACCAAGAAGAAGGCGGAGACGGACGACCGGGUCGACCACCCGAGGUGUUUCCGGUGCAACCACCGCGGGCAUAGGAAGCCCGACUGCACCACUAAGAAGGAGGACUUCCUGGAUUCAGUGCGACACGUGUUCGAGCUUUGGGCACAACAGUCACUCUACCAUCCUGCUUUCCACCGCCUCCUAUCCCGCAGAUGGAGUGCGCACCGUCAAUUGUGCGACUUUCAUGGCCCCUCUGUCCAUGCUGUGCUUGCGCGCCACGGAGGAAGCGUGCAUGGCGGUAGUGGAGCAUGCCAACUUCUCGGUGGUUGGCCGUAGGCCCUCAGCGCCGCUGAUUUGCGGUGGGGGGGCCGGACGAAGUCGCGCGGAGGUGGCGCGCAAGCACAGCAUGGACAGAGGGGCCAUGAAAGUCGCACAAUUGACGGUGCGCACUCCAUCUGCGGGAUAGGAGGCGGUGGAAAGCAGGGACGGUAGAGUGACCAUUGGGCAGAAUAGCCGGAGACACCCUACCAUGGAUUGACCGCGCGACGGCGUGUGGGGGGUGGGCGCCGCACUCGCUUGACGCGGGCGGUGUUUCCUCUUCUAAGUUGAUCACAGGCACGGCAGAGUAGCCGUGCACGCCCUACCACGGUUGACACGCGCGACGGCGCGUCGGGGGGUGGGUGCCGCAUCACGCGUGAAGCGGGCGGCAUUUUUCAACCACAGCACGGACGGAGGGGCCGUGGCUGUCCUGCCUUGCCGUUUGGAGCCGGGGGGGUAGCACUUGAAGUCGCGCGGAGAUGGCGCGCAACCCAGCACGGACGGACGGGCCGUGGCUGUUCUGCCUCGUCGUUGGAGCGGGGGGUCGCAGCAUGUUUUGUCGCGCGGAGGUGGCGCGCAACCAUCAGCCGGAGGUGGGCAUUUGGGGUGGGGCACAGCGACAUGGUGGUGUCAUCAAAGUCGCGUGGAGAGUCGCCGCGCGCAUUUCAUAAGCCGGGAAGGGACGAUGGAAAUCGGGAUCGGCAGGAUCGACUUGUGGACGAUCGAGGGCGCGCUUCAUCUUCACGAUUGGAACUGGUGGAGUGGACGGGCAAGCUUGAUAAUUUUUUCUUGUGUUUUUCUUUUUUCGACGCCAGUUUACGGGUGUCGGUGAAAUCCGAAUUUUUCAAGCGUUCUUGAUCUUGUUUCGUUAUUUUUUGUCGUUUCUUUUGACCGGUAAUUUUUUUUUUUUUGCCGAAUCCAGUGGUAAUUCCCACGUGUACGUGUUGUCGUUGUACAUCGUGAUGUACGCUUUGCGCUUCUUGACCAUUAUUUUUUGUUGUGUCGAGGGCUCAUAUCGGUGACAGGUGUGUCGGUGAUGGUAGCAAAGUGGGGGGGGAUGAAAACGUGCACGUUGGUAGAAUUUGCCACCAUAUUUGAUGCGUAGUUCAUGAAGGUUCAAUCGCAAGUUGAUGCAUUCUUGGUUGAAGGAAGAUCGAGGUUUUUGACUGUUUGCAGAUUGCGGGCCUUGUUUGAAGGAGGCUUGACGUUUUGUUUCUGAAGAUGGGAUUCGUGGAAAACCGGUUGUGUAUUUGUCCUUCAGCAGAAACAGGAUGUUUGUGGUUUGAUUUGGUGGUGGAUCGCGCUUGGUUGAUCCCAAAAGAGGGAGAACGUACCUGUCUGAUGAAGUUUUGAUGCGGAAUGCAGUUAGGCAGGGAGGGCGUUGCCCGUACAUGUGUGUGAUACACGAAUCAGUGUUGGUGCUGCACAAGGAUCUUGUUUCAUCAUUCAAGAAGGAUUUUGCCAGGAGCGUACCUCGUGGUUGGAGAGUAGAGCGUUGCUUAGAAAAUCGUAAUCCGCAUGUUUGGUGUAAGUCGCUUUUGUUUUGAUCUUGCAGUACAGCCGUUGGAAUCAUAGAUGACAUGGACGGUUCGUUUGAUUUUGUUUGAGGCGUUGGACUUCGAGGGGUUUUGAUCCGGCGGCCGGGUUUCCCCUUGGUUUUAUUUUCUUCGUUGUGUUUCAGCUAUUUUGGCAUAGUUCCGACGCACGAGUGGUUCUUCGAUGGUGCAAAGAACCAGGGAGGGUGUUCGUA